CAGAUAAACCUAAAAUUAAUUUUGGUGACCGGUAAAACGCACGAAUUCUUAUUUCUUCCGGAAACUGCUGCUGGAGACAUAACACAGCACGUUUUCAAUAAUUGGCCACCAGAAUGGGAAGACGAAGCUGUCGACAAUUCCAGCAAGUUGCGAUUGAUCUAUCAAGGCAGAUUUCUGCAAAACGAAUCAAUAUUAAGUUCAAUGAGGUUGCCGGCAGGUAAAACAACUGUUAUGCAUCUAGUUGCGAGGGAAAACAUUCCAGAGCCUUCAUCACAAGGUAUAAAUCCAAUUUUAACAUGCUACAGUAGAUGGUAG